AUGUUUGCCGCUCGUCGUCUCGCCAACAGCGUUCCCCGCGUUCGCACCCAGACCGCAUUCUUCCACAAGACCGCGCCCGCAUUCGUACAGAAGGGCGAUGCCAUCCCCGACCUGAACGUUCUGGUCGAGAACUCCCCCGGCAACAAGGUUAACCUGGCCAAGGAGCUCAAGGGCAAGGGUGUUAUCGUCGGUGUUCCUGCUGCAUUCAGCCCUGCUUGCUCUAGCACCCACGUCCCCGGCUUUAUCAACCACCCCAAGCUUAAGGAGGCUGGUCAAGUCUUCGUCGUCGCCGUCAAUGACUCCUUCGUGACUAAGGCUUGGGCCGAUUCCCUUGACCCCAACGGCAAGAGCGGUAUCCGCUUCCUGGGUGACCCUACCGCUCAGUUCACUGAGGCUCUUGACCUUACCUUCGACAGCACUGCUAUCUUCGGUAACCACCGUAGCAAGCGUUACGCUCUGCUGGUGGAGGAUGGUAAAGUUAAGGAAGCUUUCGUGGAACCCGACAAUGCCGGACUUAAUGUCUCUGCUGCUGAGAAGGUCCUCAGUUGA